GAAACCUAAGAAAAUAGCUGACGUAUGUUCCUGACAGAGAAACUGAAACUGAUGUUUUUUUUUUUUUUCUCUUUCCCCUCUUGCAAGUUGCCAAAUAAAACUGAGUUACUCACCAGGCAUGGCUCCCCAGCCUCAGGAGAAGAAAACGGUUUUAGAUGUUGGGACAUGGGAGCAGAUAUUUCAAGAACUGAUGCAGCAGGAGAAACCCCGGGCCAGAUGGACCCUGAAGUUGGAUAAGAAUCUCGAUCCAAACUGCCUUGCAGAAGGGUGGAAGCAAUACGAGCUGAAAGGAUUCGGCAGGUUCCAGUGUUCCUCAUGCCAGCGGAGUUGGGCUUCUGCUCAAGUGCAUAUCCUAUGUCACAUGCACCUGGAGUCCCACAAAUCCCAGGGUCAGGUGAUUAUGCGCCUCUUUGCUCAGAGGUGCAAGAAGUGUUCCUGGUCUCGAUUUGAGAACCCUGAGUUCUCCCCAGAGAGUACCAUGAGGAUUCUGAAAAACGUGGUGCUGCGUAUUCUGAAGAAAUUCUAUGACUUUAAGAAGCUUUCAGAGCUACCGAUCAUUCGGGAGGUGCCUUUGGAUGGGUCCCAUGACACGAACAAUUGUGAAGGUUGCUCUCUGGGCUUCUGCUUACUGAGAUUGCGAAACAACACAACGGAGCCAUCAGUAUCCCCGUUCUCUCCCACUGGUUCCUCAUCCCCCACUGGUGAUGUGUUUAGCCAAAGCCAAUGGAAUGGGUAUCAUUAUGUCUAUAAGGCGUCAGGGCCCAGCCACACCACUGCUGAGCCCAAACGGGAGACCAGCAGGCAGCUCACCCCAAGUUCCAACAGGCAGGCUGCACAGGGAAAUUUACAAUCCACACGGGGGACAGCACCACAGGCCCCCUGCAGGACAUACUCUGAGGUUGUCAGGAGGGUAGGACAACAGUCCACACAGCAGGCAUGCUCACAAGCCACACAAGGGGCCGGUGUGCAGGCCACACGGGGGACAGACCCGAAGACCACGUUGAGGGCAAUCCCAAAGGCUACAUCAGGGUCAGACACUCAGACUAUAGGGAGAACAGUCCCCUCUAGGUCAAACCUACAGCUCACGUGGACAGACUCUGUGGCUACACAUGGGUUUUCGGCCUCCAGUGGAACUCAAGCUGCCUGGAGAAGUUCACCCAGAAAUGUUCCAAACAGCUAUCCCAUAUACGCUCCGUUAGUGCAACAAGAUUACUUCGUUGAUGAGGAGAGAUUGAACCUGUUCUACUUUCUCUGUGGUAUUUGUAUCAUUGUCAUUUUCAUAGCCAAAUGGUUAGAAGAAGGAAGAUGGCGAUAAGCUUGUCUUCUUUUGUCUCACUUCCACGGUAAUCAAUGAACCGGUUGCCAUUUUAGUACGACACAGAACAUGCUUGCAGACCGUGCAGGGUCAAGUUUGUAAGAAUAAACACUAGUUUCCUAGAUCUCCUUAGCAGAUAGUCUAAAACAUAACCUAGCAGAUAAUGGACCCAAUAAUAAAUAUUUGAUGACUCACUAAAAGCUCUUCAUUCAUUCAUCCACUCGAUAUAUAGAUAUCGGUAUCUAUAGAUAUCGAUAGACGCCACAUCUUGACAAGAACCGAGGGUCAUGAGUGCUUUCAGAAAGUUAUUGUGGUAGGCAGAAUAAUGACCCCCCAAACUUAUCUGUGUCCUAGUUCCCAGAAUGUGUGCAUAUGCCACAGGCAAAAAGGACUUUGCAGGUGUGAUUACUUUAAAGAUCUUGAGGGGUGCCUGGGUGGCUCAGCCGGUUGAGCGUCCGACUUCGGCUCAGGUCAUGAUCUCACAGCUCGUGAGUUCCAGCCCCCCGUCGGGCUCUGUGCUGACAGCUCGGAGCCCGGAGCCCGCUUCGGAUUCUGUGUCUCCCUCUCUCUCUGCCCCUAACCCCCUCGCAUUCUAUCUCUGUCUCUCUGAAACAUAAAUAAACAUUAAAAAAAAUUU